AGGGGUCCAGACCAAUACCCUGUAAUCAGUACGGCCAUGAGGAAAGAAGGAUAUGAGUCAUGUGCAGGAAAUGUUGAAAUCCACAAUAAAAGGAAGUAUGGUUCAAAUGGUUAAGAUAUAAAUCUAAGAUACAUGUGAGGAAGAGUUAUAAUUUUUGUGAAAUCGCUGAUUAAAUCAUGGCUUUUCUGCUGAGUACCUUAGUGCUGCUUUUAGGAGUCCAAGGUACCGAUUCUUUAUGGACAGUACAGAAGAUAACAGCUCAAAUUGGGGGAUCUGUCACCAUUCCCUGUCACUAUCAUAAAAUGCACAAAGAUCUUCCUAAGUAUUGGUGCAAAGGAAAGAACUGGCUUUUCUGCAGGACAAUACAACCAACCAGCCAAGAGAAGCAACCAGGCAUCAGCUUUUACAACAGCCCAGAUGAACUGGUAACAACCAUGACGAUGACAAACCUACGUAGCAGUGAUUCAAAUCGCUAUUGGUGUACUGUGAGGACUCAAGGUUCUGUUUUUAGAACAUCUCUAGAACUUACCGUCACUGAGGGUACUCCAGAUCUGUCAGUGGCCAGCAACAGGGUGUCAGGUGAAGAGGGCGGCAAUGUUACCGUCCAAUGUCUGUACAGUGACAAACUUACAGAUGAUGAGAAAAAAUGGUGCAGAAGUGGAGAAUUGCACUCCUGUCAAACAGCUCAGGAUAUAGAGCCAUCCCCUGGUGCAGCUUUACAGAUAAAUGAUACAAAUGAUGGUGUUUAUACAGUGACACUGACAGGACUGAAGAAGACAGAUUCAGGCUGGUUUUGGUGUAUGGCUGGGGGAGUGCAGGCUCCUGUUCAUAUUAAUGUACAUUCAAGGCAACUCACUACAGAUGCCAGAACAAGACCUUCCACAUAUACCACAGCACCAUCCUUCACUUCAGCUGUGGAUGUACACAACCAUAAUUCAGUCACACCUCUUGUACACACAAAAUCACAAAGUACUUCGAUUCAGACUGAAAAACCUGACCAGACAUCUACAGCAUCACCAAAGCAGUUUUAUUCUACAAUACAGUCCUCAACCUAUCUAACUACAACAGAGAACUCAAAAGAGAACCCAUUUCACAGCACUGGUACCAUUAGGACACCACUAACCAGUAGAUCAACAACUCCAUAUGUUGGUAGUAACUCUACAGUUACUGUAUCCUCUAAGGAUGUGAUAUUUGAACCCACACCCACUUAUGAAAGCAGAGACCUUAAUUGGGAGAUUGCACUAGUUUGUGGAGGGCUGCUUAUAUUCUUUGUGUUAUCUGGAGUUUCUUGGAAAUUGUGGUCAUGGCAUAAAAAGGCGAUCACAAGGGAGGAAGCAACAGAAAUAACAACAGACCUCCAUGCAAACGACAAAGAUGAUCUACUGGUCAAUGAAUGGACAAAUACUUCAGUUGUGCAGUUCAGCACGGACUCAAACACUGUCGUAAUAUCAUAAACUGUUGUAAAGUUGAGACCCCUGGAACACAAAGAUGGACUAGAGCAAUGGUUUUCAAUCCUAGUUCUGGGAACCUGUCGCUCUGCACAUUUUGUAUGGGUGCAUCUGAAUCAGCUCCCUAGCUUGUGAAUCAGUAUAUCGUGUACACAAAUUCGGUACUAGUGACUGCGAGGACAAUAAGGACCCAGGCUCAUUACACAUUGGGACACUGAUGGUGACAUGACAACACCCUUGUUGUACAAUGUCAUUAUUUACAACAUAACAGCAGAACAAAUAUUUUCUGACAUUUUUUUUAAUGUUAUUUAAAGUACAUUAUUUUUACAUAUAGCUAAAUGUUAGCUAGAUUAUGUUCAUUACAUGUCUAGCAAUGUAUGAUUAUACUGAAAUAUAAUUAACCCUCAUCCUCUCCUCGCAAAUUGUAACAAAUCUUUCCCUUGCAGGUCAAAAUGACCUGAAGCCCUAAAGUUAUUUCUUUUUUUUUUUUUUUGUCCAGAAAGCUUAUUUCAUUCCAUUUUUAUAUUUUUUUUCAAUUUUUAAUGCAUGCAUAUAUAUAUAUAUUAUAUAUGAUAUUUCAUGACUCUUGCCACUAGAUGGCCUCAUGGAACAAAUGAAAAAGUUGUUCUGCAUUGUAAAUGAAAAAAAUUGGGGGGAAACAACAUUGCCCCCGUUUUAUGACCUCUUGUUCAUUUUAAUGGAAUUCCUAGGAGUGGGUGUGUGCGUGCAUGUGAGUGUUCUAUAGUCUCAUGCCUUCAUUUGUGUGUGUGUUUGUUCUAGAUUGUUCCAGAUUUAUUUUAUAUGUUUCUGACAAAUAAAAAAUCCUCACAUUCCAUUAA